AUGCACCAGCAAGCCAACGGCCGGGUCGAAAAUCGGAAUAAAUUGAUUGAAACAUACUUACGCUUAUAUAUUACGGACAAUUCCCAAUGGCCUAUGUUAAUUCACAUUGCUGAAUAUGUGCUUAACUCCCAACCACUGACUAGUUUAGAUCACAAAAGUCCAUUUGAAGUGGACCUUGGGUAUGUUCCUAAGUCUCCAGAUGCUAUGUUAUUUCCAAACAACCAGGAAUCUCUUUCUCGUCAAGCCUUAGAUAUUACACAGCUGCUUGCUCGCUACACGAAUGCCGCGGUAGCUGCUCAUGCGGCCGCAUUUCAACUUGCCAAAAAGUAUUAUGAUGCCAAACAUACAGAUGUUGAAUAUGAGAUUGGCUCUGAAGUUUUUGUUGAUAACCGUUUUCUCAAUAGCCAUCCUGAUGGCCACGACUCAGUGUUUGUUCCCAAAUUACGGACUAAAUUUUCUGGACCUUUUACAAUCCUCUCUAAAAGUGGGUUAGUCAAUUAUACUUUAGAAAUGCCAUCGUCCUAUAGAGGUGAUCCUACUUUUCACAUUUCACAACUCAGGUUAAAGAAAACGGUCCCCUCUAAUUAUCUUGUGGCCCCCUCCGAACCAGUUGCUUGA